CACAGGAAGUUGCGCAUUACGACUGCUGGUGAAGUGUUGCCAUAACAGGCAAGUGGCUAACGCUAAUGUUUGCUAACUAAUUAGCACGAUAGGUGUCAGUGUUGUGUGUGUGAGAGUUCCAGUCUGAACCAUGGAACAGUGUGCAUGUGUCGAGCGGGAGCUGGAGAAAGUGCUCCAUCGCUUUGUAAUGUACGGACACCAGUCUGAGGAGAGGCUAGAUGAGCUCCUGCGCAGUGUCUGUGAAAUACGAGGACAGCUAGUUGCCUUUGGAGUACAAGAUGCAGACUUAUCAGUCUUAUCUCAGACUAUGGCCCAAUGUUGUAAGAAUAUCAAAGAAACAGUGCAGAUGCUAGCCUCUCGACAUAAGGACAUCCAUGGCAGUGUAUCAAAAGUGGGCAAAGCCAUUGACAGAAAUUUUGAUGCAGAAAUCAGUGCUGUGGUGGCAGAGACAGUGUGGGACACACCAGAGAGACAGAAAUACUUAAGUGAGACCAUUGUGGAGCACCUGUACAGACAAGGAAUGCUCAGUGUAGCAGAGGAUCUGUGUCAGGAGUCUGGUGUAGUUAUAGAUAUGAGUAUGAAGCAGCCUUUUCUGGAGCUUAACAGGAUCCUUGAAGCUCUGAGGAUGCAGGACCUCAGGCCGGCACUAGAGUGGGCCGUGACGAAUCGGCAGCGCCUUCUCGACCUGAACAGCAGUUUAGAGUUCAAGCUGCACCGCUUGUACUUCAUCAGUCUGCUCAGCGGAGGAAUCAGCAACCAAAUGGAGGCCCUGCAGUAUGCCAGACAUUUUCAGCCCUUCGCCUCUCAGCACCAGAGAGAUAUCCAGAUCCUGAUGGGUAGUCUGGUGUAUCUGCGUCAUGGCAUUGAGAACUCUCCGUACCGCAGUCUGCUCGAGACAAAUCAGUGGGCAGAGAUCUGUAACAUUUUCACCAGAGAUGCCUGCGCUUUACUGGGCCUCUCUGUAGAGUCUCCACUAAGUGUUAGUUUUGCAUCAGGCUGUAUGGCUUUACCAGUGCUGAUGAACAUCAAGCAGGUGAUAGAGCAGAGACAGUGCAGCGGAGUCUGGACACACAAAGAUGAGCUACCUAUUGAAAUUGACCUUGGAAAGAAGUGCUGGUACCACUCUGUGUUCGCCUGCCCGAUUCUUCGGCAGCAGACCUCAGAGAGCAACCCUCCCAUGAAGCUCAUCUGUGGCCACGUCAUCUCCAGAGACGCCCUCAACAAGCUGACCAAUGCUGGAAAGUUGAAAUGCCCGUACUGCCCCAUGGAGCAGAAUCCGUCACAUGCCAAGCAGAUCUACUUUUGAUACCGCACACUCACCUCAUGAGUAAGGAUGAAGUUCCCUGGAGCUCUUUGCAUUUCCAGGACCAUUUGCUCUGGCCCUUUUCCUCUGUCCCUGGCCUCUUGGCCUGUUAUUGUAAGCAUUAAGGUUUUAUCCCAGUGCUCCUCUGGACAGCCUUGGCCAUCCCGUAACCCACCUCGGACCCUCCAACUUUGCGUAGUACACAGAGUCCUGCGGAGAUGGUCCAACUACAACUUGUAGUAGAGUGAGGAGUCUGUCAAUAAAGAGAACAUCUUCACGAAGAAGCACCUCUGAAAAAGGAUCAUUCAUUGAAACUCAUUUGCAAAUACCUGCAGAGUUAUAGGCUUAUCUUUUUAAAAAUGUAAUACUUUAUAGUGUUUGUUUUCUCAGUUUUAUCAACUGCUUGAGUUGGAUGACUGCUUCUUUUUUCUUUUUCUUUUUUUGACAGAAGCAGUUAAAUGAUUAUGGAUGGGUGAGUGUGGGUAAAUGGCAUAGAUAGGCAGUUUUUGACUUCUGGAUGGUAAUAAACUUCUAUUAUACCUGACAAAAACCACAGAGUAAGAAACUGUGUAGUAGGUUUAUUAUUUGCUGGUGAGGGGAACUGUGGAGGUGUGUCUUGAAUUGAACUCUUUGAUUGUGACCCAUUACUCCUCCAUAAUGUAAUAAAGGCCUCACGUAGCUUGAAAGUCACUGUUGGCUGAUGUAUCCAUUUGAUCAGUAGAACAAUUAACUAACUCAUCAAUGGUGGAACAGCUAUUUUUGUGACUGACUGCACCAGCAAGAUUUUCAUCAUUAUAGAAGCCAUUUGUCUUGUUCUAUGUAUGUAUUUAACAAACAACGACAAAAAGGAAACUAAAAAUAUAUACUACUGUGAAA